CACUGUGCGGCAAACAAACGGCCCGGGGGCACUUUUCUGUGACAUUUUUGGACUGCUAUAUAAACUGCAGUGAGUUCCUGAUGCAGCCCACAGUCUGUCCCUGCCCCUGAAACAGCUGACGUCUCAGAAAACCACUUAAAAGCCGAAAAUGAAGGCAAACUGCGGAAGUAAGAGCGCCCUGAGUAGGAUUACAUUGUUCUCGUCCGUUUACUUCCCCUUUAGCAGGAGUUUGUGGCCAAUAGAAGUUUAUUUCUAAUGUGUCUGCGUUCUAGGGGGUGUGACACUGCGACUGCGAGGGAGAAGAGAAGCACGGAAUGUGGCUGCUAAAGAACGCACAGCGCUGUCAGUAAGUGGUUCCUAGGGCAGAGGGGCUGGUUAAUCAGUUGCACCGCAGCCCCCGCCCGCCAGUGCCAUUCACUAGAAGGCCAGUGACACUUGUGUAAGAGAUAGAGAGCAGCUUUUACAGCAGCAGCAAAUCACAGGGCUCGUCCCGUUACCACGCGCUCCGGCUUCCCAGGCGCUUAGGUGUGCAAAGGUGACAGUUGUAGGCGUGUGUUAUAAGGAAACGCUAUUGGCUCCUCCCUCUCCCCGGGCAGCCCCACCCUUCCUCUGGAUGAGCCUGACAGACUGGUUACUGGAUACCUGUGGCUGCUGCACCUACUACUUCAUCGCUUUCUGCUUCAUGACUGCUGCAUCAGGCUAAACCUCCCUCUCUCAUGGCCGAAGCCCGCAUCUCCCACUGCAAUGGAACCCACUCAGGACACAGGGAACCUCUGAAGAACGGACUGCACAAAAAGAACGGGCUGUGCAAAGCAGCGCAGCAUAAUGGAACACCAAAUGGCACCCUGUACAAGCGGCCGUUUUUGGAAUCGUUUGAAGAAGCCCCAAUGUACGUUGCCGUGUUCACCUACUUAGGAUUUGGAUUUGUCACGUUAUUUGGCUACCUGCGAGACUUUAUGAGGGCGUGGGGGCUGGAAAAAUGUCACAUGGCUGAAGAAAGGGAAGAGCAAAAAGGCUUUGUGCCUCUGUAUCAAGAUUUUGAAAAUUUUUAUACAAGAAACCUUUACAUGCGGGUGCGAGAUAACUGGAACCGCCCCAUCUGCAGUGUCCCUGGGCCUCAGUUUGACCUAAUGGAGCGUUUGACAGACGACUAUAACUGGACAUACAGGUACACAGGAAAAGUGAUUAAAGACGUUGUAAACAUGGGGUCUUAUAACUACCUUGGCUUUGCCGAGAAUGCCCCCGAGUCUCUAGUUACGGUGAAGGAUGUGGUACAAAACUAUGGAGUUGGAGUCUGUAGCACCAGGCAAGAGAUGGGUCACUUGGAUAACCACAAAGAACUGGAAGACUUGGUAGCUGAGUUCCUUGGUGUAGAAGAAGCUAUGGUGUUUAGCAUGGGUUUUGCCACCAACUCCAUGAAUAUCCCUGCAUUGGUUGGAAAGGGCUGCCUUAUAUUAAGCGAUGAGCUGAACCACACUUCUUUGAUACUCGGCGCAAGACUCUCCGGAGCAACAAUACGAAUUUUCAAACACAACAAUAUGCACAACCUGGAAAAGGUAUUACGAGACGCAGUGGUAAAUGGGCAGCCACGGACCCACCGGGCCUGGAAAAAAAUCCUCAUCCUUGUUGAAGGCAUUUACAGCAUGGAAGGUUCUAUUGUUCGACUUCCAGAGAUCGUAGCUUUAAAAAAGAAAUACAAGGCCUACUUGUAUUUGGACGAAGCACACAGUAUUGGGGCAGUGGGAGCUACAGGCCGAGGAGUGGUUGAGUAUUUUAGCAUGGACCCGACAGAUGUUGAUGUGUUGAUGGGCACCUUCACCAAAAGCUUUGGAGCAGCAGGAGGAUAUAUUGCUGGUAGCAAGAGCCUUGUGGACUACCUGAGAACACAUUCCCACAGUGCAGUUUAUGCAGCGGCUAUGCCUCCGCCUAUAACUGAACAAAUCAUCAGGGUCCUGAAGUGCAUAAUGGGACUCGAUGGGUCAUUAAUUGGACUGAAGAGGGUGCAGCAGCUUGGAGCAAACACCAGAUACUUUAGGCAGAGAUUGCGUGACAUGGGAUUCAUCACUUAUGGGAAUGAGGAUUCACCUGUCAUCCCAGUUUUACUGUACAUGCCAGCUAAAGUAGGGGCCUUUGCAAGGCACAUGCUUGAGAAGAAAAUCGGUGUUGUUGUAGUUGGGUUUCCAGCAACUCCUAUCACUGAAGCCAGAGCCAGAUUUUGUAUUUCAGCUGCACAUACAAAGGAAAUGUUGGACAAAGUUCUUGAUGCCCUUGAUGAAAUGGGUGACUUCCUGCAGUUAAAGUAUUCCCGGCAUUCCCAAUCAGUCCGCUCUUCUGCAGAUGAAGAGACGAACCUGGAUCUUGAUGCCUGAGUCAUGGCCGCUGCAUUUCUUCCAAUGUUUGUGCACAAAACCACUGUUGCAACUCUUAUAUCACUAUCCUUCGACUAUAGCCGUGACUUUUCAGCUUCCAGGUUUUUUUGUUAAUUCUAAUUUGUUUUUUGUGUUUUUUUUUUUUUUAUUUAUCCAAGUGUUAAUUUGUUUGUGUGAAUGCCAUGCACUGAAAACUGGAUGUAUAACUGUCCUUCCUUUAUAAGGAAACAAAUUCCAUAUGAACUCAUCUGUCAAACGUAUAGGCUGUCGUACCUCAAAAGUAUUAAUGCAGCCUCCUUAACUUAAGAAAAUAUUUUUUUAAGAAAUUACAUACUGACAAAAUAAACUGUGAUUUUUUUUUUUCUUUAUUAAAAAAUGCUGAAGUGCAUUUUGGGCAUGUUCCAUUUUGCAUGUGGGAAUUCAAUAUGUUGAGGAGCCAGUAAGUACUAUGCCAUAUGGGUGUUCUUUGCAGCGUUCCUCAACCAUUUGAAAGACCUAGAAAGCCGGCUAGAGAAAACUAUUGUCUUUGUUUGAUGCGGGCCUAGAAGGGUUCGUCCAGUUUAUUUAUGGCCAGAUAGUCUGGAUUUUAUUUGUUUUUAAAGAAAAACAAUUAUACAGUUCUGAAAUUCAUAAGCAAAAACAUCCUUUUGCUAAGCUAAUGUACAUACAUCAGAACAAUGAUACGGCUGGGGUUAUAAAGGGUCCCUGACCCCCAUAAAAGGAUGGAAAAAUAUGACACAAAUCGGAGAUAUACUACCUGAGGGCCUACAGAUAUAUUGGAGGCUGCUGGGAGUUUAUUAAAUUUUACACAGUCUGUUCUUUAUACUUUUAUUUAGAUUCAUAUAUCUAAGGAGCCUCUCUGGGAAGCCCUCUCCAUCCUACUAAUGAACCCCACAUUGAUUCCCAUUUAUUGCUGAUCUGCUGGCCUAUAUCCCUGACUUGGAACAGUUUAAAGUGGACCUGUCACCCAGACAUAAAAAGCUGUAUAAUAAAAGUCCUU